UGAGCUUAGCUGCUCCAGCUCCGCUCCGACGCGCCUGCUUCGGUGGGGUCUGCAGGGCUCCGGCGGCCGUCUGUGGGCUCUGGUGAGCUGCCCGGCUGUUGAUGACGAUGCUGAAGGCCAAGAUCCUCUUCGUGGGGCCCUGCGAGAUAAGGUGACUGAGAACCAGCCAGGGAAAUCAUUGUGGGUAAAGUCACCCAGCAGCAGAGGCAGCACUGGAAUUCCAUGCUUCCUGGAUGCCAGACUGGGCCACUGCCCCCACACUAGAGCCAGGCAGUGACAUCCCAACCAGAGAGACCCUUCUGUCCUGGGGAUCUCAGAGUGGAAAAACUGUGUUGGCUAACUUUCUGACAGAAUCUUCUGAUAUCACUGAGUACAACCCAACCCAAGGAGUGAGGAUUCUGGAAUUUGAGAACCCACAUGUUACCAGCAACAGCAAAGGCACAGGGUGUGAAUUUGAACUAUGGGACUGUGGCGGAGAUACAAAGUUUGAGUCCUGCUGGCCAGCCCUGAUGAAGGAUGCCCAUGGAGUGGUGAUCAUCUUCAAUGCCGACAUCCCAAGCCACCGGAAGGAAAUAGAAAUGUGGUAUUCCUGCUUUGUCCAGCAGCAGUUCUUACAGGAUACUCAGUGUUUGUUAAUUGCACACCACAAACCAGGCUCUGGAGGUGAUAAAGGAAGACUGUCUUUGUCACCACCCUUGAACAAGCUGAAGCUGGUGCACUCGAAUCUUGAGGACGACCCUGAGGAUAUCCGGAUGGAAUUCAUAAAGUAUUUAAAAGGCAUAAUCAACUCCAUGUCUGAGAGCAGAGACAGGGAGGAGAUGUCAAUUAUCACCUAACCAUCCUUCACUUGGGACUCCCACAUUCCUUAUAAUACCAACAUCUUUCCCAUUGCACAUCCGAAAUCACAUGCAGGUACUGAUGUUCUCUUCUCCGCUAUAGAAGACAUUUUCCUAUCAGCUAGAAGGUACUAGUAAGCCAGGGAGAUGACUCAUACCAUCUACGCUCUGUCCUUAGUCCAAUUGAGAAAAAUCCUAUCAUUGGAUUCUGAAUUCCUGGCCCCAGACCAUUCCAAAGCUGGAAAUUGAGAGUUUUCUUUUUCCCCUUCACAUGUAUAUAAAACUUGUGCCAUUGUAACUAUCAUAGCCCCAUGAUACAAUAGUUUAAUCCAUGGGUAUUGGUUUGAAUGUGAUAAUUUUCAUUCCUUGAUUUCAUUCCUACUCAACAAAUACCAACUGGGUUGAGCAUCUGCUAUGUGUGCAGCACAGUUUUGGCUGCUGACCACAUACAGCAUAAAUGAGAAAGACAAAAAUCUUUGCCUUCAUGGAGCUUUCAUUCUGUUUUUCUAAAUAAUAGUAAGGUAGAGACAAAGACUUAAAUACUACAUAUUGGAUAUGCAAAAAAAAAAAAAAGAAGAAGAUUCUACACUUUCUAUAACUGCUUUAAAUCUCACAUGUUCCCCUGGGGUACUUAAAAUGCUAAAUGAAGGUAUCGUUGACCCUCAUUCAUGGAUUUUUUAUUUGGGAAUUUGCCUACUCACUAAAAUUUACUUUUAACCUCCAAAUCAAUACUUUCUUUGUUAUUUGCAAACAAGCACAGAGUGGCAAAAAAUUUGAAUGGCCCAAUGCACACAUUCCCAUCUGACUGAAGUCAAACAGGGGAGUUCUGCCUUCUUGUUUCAGCUCUCAUACUAUAAACAAAUGCUCUUUUCGUGUUCUUCUUUGUCACAUUUUUUUGCUUUUUCUUGGUGAUUUUGCUGUUUCAAAUGACCCCAAGGAUAGUGCUGCAGUGCUGUCUAGUUUUCCUAAGUGCAAAUAAGCUGUGAUGUGCCUAUGGAGAAAAUAUGUGUUUUAUUUAUUUUUUUUUAUUUUGGAUUAAUAUAAGGGUUCAUAUGAUUGGAUACAUAUAAGGGUUACAUUGUUCACAUUUGUUAGGUGGCAUUCAAGUUGUAGUUGAAUCCUUUACCCAGGAGGUGUGCCACAUUCCCUUAUAUUGUGCUCGUUAGGUGGGAGCUUACUGAGCCCCUUCUCCCACUCAUCCCCCCUACUUGAAAUUGUGUUUUUCAUUCCUAUGGACCUGUAAUUGUUCAUCUGCUAAUUUGAAAUGAAAGUAUCUGUUUUAUAUAAAUUUCAUUCAAGUGUGAGUAACAGUGCUAUUGGCCAUGAGUUCAAUAUAAUGAAUCAAAAUAUAUUAAAUAAAAUAUCUUUAAAAAGAAAUACAUAAAACAAAGUUAUGUAUUGACCAGCUGAUGUAAAUGUGACAGAGACUCAUAGAAAUCGACCUUGUAUUUGCCCUAGGAGCAAAUGUUCAUUAUUUGCUAAUUCAGUGUUCUUAGUGACUUUAUAGAACGUAACUACUGUGAAUAACAAGUAUCAGCUAUCUCCACCUCUUACAGUUUAAAGGUUUUCCCAUUAAUUCUGUCUCUGGGAUACAUAUUUAAUCAAUUCACGGUUACAAUCCACUUCUGCCUUCUCCCAAAGAUGACAUCAAAAUAUCUGGAAAGUAUGUAUGUCCUAUUGAGAUGGGGCAGCCGUUCCAAUGGUAGGCACUCUGGUUACUCCCUGCUGGCCAUGUCCUGGGAAGUCUAAGACUGUUGAGGCUUGUGGCUUGGGCUCUCCACACAUUCCAGAAACCACAGUCCCCAGGAUUACUCUACUCCCCCAUUCUGGGCCAAGGCAUCUACUGAGAGUCACCGGUGUCCUCCUACCAAUAUCACAUCUGUAAAGAUCU